AUGACUAGGAUAAACCAAGCAUGGUACACCCAAGAGGAUCAGGUCACUCAAUUUCAUUUUCGAUUAAUGCAAGAACAACUUGAUAAAGACAGAGAGAAAGAUGAGAACAUCAAGAAGAUGUUAACUCAAAUGGAAGUUUUGCAAGAGCACAUGAAGGGGACAUGUGGAUUAUUUCGAGUUGAGGAGGGUUCUUCUUCCGGUUACUCAAGGCCAGAGGAGAAUCAAGGCUUAAAAAAGAAUAAUGAAGAUGAGAAUUUCAAGAAGUUCUUGUUGGUAUUUCAAAAGCUAUCAAUAAACCUUCCGUUGGUGGAAGCAUUAUUGGAAAUGCCGGGAUAUGCCAAGUUCAUGAAAGAGCUAGUCACAAAGAAAAGGAACUUGGACUGUGAAACAAUUGAGGUGUCCCAUAAUUGCAGCGCAAUUAUGACUAAAGAGUUGAUCACAAAGAGAGAAGACCCUGGGGAAUUCACCAUCCCUUGCACCAUUGUCAUGCUCCAAUUCGCGAAAGCUUUGUGCAACUUGGGGAAAAGCAUUAACUUAAUGCCCUAUGCAAUAUACAAGCAACUUGGUUUGGGAGAACCGAAAGCAACCACCAUGAGACUCCUGAUGGCGGACCGGUCAAUCAAUCAUCCGGUGGGGAUCCUUUACGACAUCUUGGUAAAGGUAGAUCGGUUCAUCUUUUCGGCUAAUUUUGUGAUUUUAGAUUGUGAGAUCGACGGCGAAAUCCCCAUUAUUUUAGGAAGGCCAUUCUUGGGAACUGGGAGAGCAUUGGUGGAUGUUGAAAGUGGAAAAUUAAAGUUUCGGGUGAAUGAUGAUGAGGUAAUAUUCAAUAUUUGUAAAUCCAUGAAACACCCCAGUGAUAUUCAUGUGGUGUCUACUGAGGAUGUUAUUGAUGAGGUGGUAGCUAGUGUGAGCCAUUUGAUGUGCAUGAAUGAACCACUUGAAUCUGUGCUUACUAAUUAUGAUGAAUCCGAAGUACAGGGCUAUGAGGAAGUAGUAGCUGCCUUAACAAGAUUAGGAGCAUAG